CUGUGCUCUUCUCACUUUCUCUGAACAGAUGUAAGUGCUCAGUGGAAUGUGUGGAUGCCCAGAGACAUUUCAGCCAUGACAAACUCCUGUGUGGUUAUACCCUGUUCAUUCACAUAUCCCUCUGGCGUCAGGCCUUACAGAGGGGUCCAUGGGAUCUGGUAUUUCGGCCACCCCUACCCCCAGCUUUUCCCCCCCGUGGUGUAUAAGUCACGCACAGAUAUUGUGCACGAAAGCUACAAGGGACGGACCAAGCUCCUUGGUGACUUGACUCAAAAAAACUGCACCCUGAUGAUAAAUAAUGUUGGCGUGGAACAUUCUGGGAGGUAUUACUUCAGGGCAGACCUGGGUGGUGCAAACAUCUACACUUUUCCUGACUUCACAAAACUACAGGUGCUGGAUCAGCCCAACAUUGAUGUUCCUGAGGAGAUUGUUAGUGACCAAAGCCUGGAUUUGACCUGUUAUGUCCCAGACAAUUGUCCAGACAUGAGUCCACAGAUCCACUGGAUGUACACAGACUACCUGCCCAAUCCUCUAUUCACCCCUGACAAUGUUGAGGACAGCAACACUGCAGUACUGUCCAGCACCCUCACCUUCACACCCAAACCCAUGCACAAUGGCCAGCAGCUGGGCUGCCGGGUACACUACGAAAACACCACCUUUGUCUAUGAACGCCUCAUUUCACUGGACAUCAAGUAUGCCCCUCGAACUGUGUGGGUGAAUGUGUCUCAAGAGGUAAUGGAGGGAAGCUCGGUGGUCCUGCACUGUGAUGUGGACAGUAAUCCAACCCCCACAAUAACCUGGUUUUUUGGAGACACAGAGCUGAUGACGGAAGUUGCUUCCAACUCUUCGCUGCCUCUGGACAACCUAACCCCAGAGCAGGAUGGUGUCUAUACUUGCGUUGGUGACAAUGGCUACGGCAGCAUGAACACAUCCAUGUAUCUGGCAGUAAAUUAUCCUCCACGGGAGCCGUGGAUCAAUGACUCUCUAACGGUGUUGGAGGGAUCUUCAGUUGCUCUACAGUGCAUCAGCAAAGGUAACCCAAUGCCCACGCUGACCUGGUUGAAGGAUGGGAAACUGGUGGGCACUAUCACAGCAGAGGAGGGGUCUGUGCUUGAGCUGCACGAAGUCACGCCUCAGGACCACGGAGUCUACCGCUGUCUAGCUGAGAAUGAACACGGACGGGCCAGCAACUCACUUAACAUUACGGUAGAAUUUGCCCCUGUCCUCCUUGACGACUCUAAAUGCACUAUAGUCCGUGAGGGCGUUCAGUGUGUCUGUAUUGCCUCGGGAAACCCUGAGCCUGUGAUUGAAUUCCACCUGCCUGACCUCAACAUCACCAUCAACGACUCCAGCAACUCAUUUAACUACCACACAUAUUCAGAUGGGUACACGUCCACGGCCAUCAUCAAGCUCCAGGAGAAGGGUGAAAGGGGGAACAAUGGUGAUACCGCUGUCCAUGUGCACUGCAGCAUCAGCAACAUGUAUGGCUCUGAGACCAUCCUUUUGGGACUGCAGCAAGAGAAAAAGUUCAUGAUGGCCGUCAUAGUGGGGACUAUUGGAGGUGUGGCAGUAAUCGCCUUCAUCAUUGCAGCUGUGAGAUAUGUUGGUCAGAAUAAUAAAAAAGAGAAUGGUAACCCUGGGCAGGACGUGGGAUCUAAAGUGGAGAAUCCCUCAAUGUUCUACAGCGCAGUCAAGAAGGACAAACAGAGUCUCAGGAAAAAAGUGCUUAAGACUGAGCUCCUGGGCUCAAAGUUUAACUCCAUCCUAGAAGAAGGCACGGGAGACGACAGUGAUUACCAAUCUGUUGGCCCAAUUGCAGGCAUGGAGAGGCAAGAGCUGAACUAUGCCACCCUAGAGUUUCUCCAUGGACGACACCUGGAGGGAGGCUUCAGGAGGGCUAAUGGUGACAGCAGCGACUACACUGAAAUUAAGGCCAAAUGAACCGCGAUUCUUCCCUGAUGCCUCAGCCAAACGGGACACAGUGGCCACUAGGGCCCAAUAAUUCCCACUGCCCCACAAAUUUCCUAUUUCAUCCAUUUUAAAUUUUGCCUUUUAAGGGACAGCUGUCUCUGACAGUUAACGGACAAUGAGUCUGAGGUUGUAUUAGAUUGCAUUUUCUUAUGUCUCCAAGGUUCUGGGAAUUAUAUGUUCCCUUAUCAGUAAAAGAUACUGUACAAUAGAGUUUCUUUAUAUAUUUAUUAAUGUUUUUGGUUAUUUAUACCCAUUCUUGACUGUAACCAUACCAGAUAUUUUGUCUCUCAAUCAGAUAUGAGAGGUUUUAGUAUUCUCUUGUUUUAAAAGACAAUACUUUCCAAAAGGAAGGGUCUUUCCCAAGAGUUACAUUAGAGCUUAUAGUCUGAAGCAAGCUUGAGGGAAAUGGUAUGGUUUGCAGGUGAGUCUCAGUCACUAGUGGUCCUUUCACUGUGUCCGCUGUAAGUCGAAGCAUCAGGGAACGAGGUGCUAUGUGCGCCUCGACAUAAUGUAUAAGCACUAUCCCAACUCUGGGUAUGUCUUGAAGGCCUAACACUCUCUAAAAUACAGCGGUUGUUUCAGUCUUUUUCUGAGUGUUCCAGUCUUCAUGCACAUUUCAAUAUUCGUCCGCUGAAACUUUUAUCACAUGCCCAGAAGUGAUUGUUAAAGGGAUAGUUCACUCAAAAAAUUUAAAUUCAGCGAACUCACCCUCAUUUUGUUCCAACUGCAUGUCACAAGAAUCUUUGUUUAGUUAUUUUAUACGUAAUAAUAAUUAAAAAACAUAAUAAAAGUACCAUGAAACAGUUCAUGUUCUACAUUCCAAGAGUUCUAAAGCCAUCUUUGACAUCAGCAAUGGCAAAACAUCUUAAUGUGAUGCCAUUUUUUUUUUUUUUUUGAAAAUUCUGGACUCUUUACUUUUGUGGUGCUGUUAUGAUGUUUUUGUUCUUUAUAGUGUUGAUUUUGUCCUUCAGUUUGUGAUCACUGAAUUGUUGUAUGGAAUUGUCGCCAAACCUGUGUAGUUCCAAACCUGUAUGAUAUUCUUUCUUCUGUGAAACGUAAAAGAAGGUAUUUUGAAGAAUGUUGGUAACCAAAUGAUUGAUGGUAGCCAAUGACUUCCAUACUAUGGAAAAAAAAAUACUAUAGAAGUCAAUGGCUACCAUCAACUAAAAUAUCAUCUUUUGUGUUCAGCAGAAGAAAGAAACUCAUACAGGUUUGGAACAACAAGAGGGUUAGUAAAUGACGACACAAUUUUAAUUUUUGGGUGAACUAUUUCUUUACUCCUUUAAUUUAUACUGUAUCUUCACUUAUUUGUAUUUGUAAAUGAAAACAGGCCAGAAACUGGAUUCAAAACUGGUUUAAUGAAUGGUUGCUGGAUUUUGUUUGUCCCAACUACUUCGUACCCCUUUAUUCAGACAUAUAUUUGUUUUAAAUGUUCCAAAUACAUUAAGGAGCAAACUCACCCUUAUAAUAAUUCAGCCAAUCUGAUAGGAUGUAGUAUAUGAUAAUGCCUGAUGGUCAUCCCUGCUCCAGCACACAUUGCAAUCUAAUAUGGUUAAGCUGACAUUUGGUAUAAACAGAAAGUCAUAUUAAAUAAUGGAUGAUUGUAGCUCAUCCUGUGAAAAUGAAUAAGAAAUAACCACCAUUUAGGAAGGUAUCACUUUACCUAAGGUGCUUGAAAUAAAUGUAAUGUUUUAUGUAAUCAUGUAAUCCUCUGGUAAGGUUGUGUCGAUAGGUGUUUGUUAGAUGGUCAGUAUAUGCGAUUAGCCCUUGAAAUGCAAUUUGACUAACAGAUUAAUGAGUCAUUAUGAUAUUAAAUUAAUCGAGUCUUACAUUUAUAAAGCAUUCAAGGCACCUUAGUAGGAUACCAAUUUAUGUAAAUACUCUGCAUGGUAUAUAGUUCUGUGUUGUGAACCUUUGACCACACAACAAGAACAUACAUUGUGCAACAAUGGUGUAUAUUUUGCAGAAAAUCACACACAAAAUGACAUAACAUGCAUAUACAAUUAGUAACAAAGACAGUCCAUGUUUGAAGAUAUAUACACAGAUAUUUAUUUGUAAGCAAACAGAUUCGGGGGAACAUUAGUAGGUCAAACCUAAUUUUUCACUUUGAGUGUUGUAAAGAAUAUUUGUAUGUAUCUGACUGUGUGAUGGCAAUAAUAAUGAACACAUAAUGUUGUUUCCUUAUUGACAUAAUAAUGCAGAACAGAAAAUCUCCAAUCAUUAUUUAAAUAAUAAUUUACAUGAUGUUCUUUGCCUGCUUUCUUUUUGUUUAAUAAAAGUCUCCAGCCUCAAA